GGAUUCAAAAGAUUAAAAUAAUCGUUGGUGGUCCAAGCCCGAGACUAGACACUAGCACUGGACUAGUACUGUCGAGACUUAACCAUAUUUGACAAUCAGAUCAAUUCAUUCAACUGUAAUGUUCAUAACUAUAAUAAUAACUCUAUUCUUAUGUUUAAGUCUCGACAGUACUAGUCCAGUGCUAGUGUCUAGUCUCGGGCUUGGAUCACCAACGAUUAUUUUAAUCUUUUGAAUCCAGAAUGCAGAUCUAAAUAUAGAUUAUAUGCUGAGAAAAACUAGGUGCAUCCAAGCAGUUUAGUUCGUUCAUAAGAAAAUAUUCAGAAAACUAUUAUUUUUCUAUGAGGAUUAAUUGAAUAAGGAUCAAUGCUGUUAUACAAACUUUUAUCAAUAAUCAGUUAGUACCAAACCCGAGUCCAAGUCAUGGAGCAUGCAAAGCAAGCCCGAUAAUUUUUCUAGAUCAUUCUGGCAAUCGUUUUCUUUUCUCGUACAACAGAUCAAUCUUAUUAUAACAGAAACAGUUACAUAGAUAAACUUCUAUUGCAGAUUCCAUUCAAUUUUCUAAACCAUCUUUCUUUCUUUUUACUUCUUUAUGUCAGCGUCCAAACUCUGAUUUACUCCAAACUGAGAUUGGCCUAGGCCAAUUAGGAAUUGGACAUGAAAGUGAGUCAGAAUAGAAGACGAAGAAGAAAGGACAGCAGUGAAUGAACAUGAUACUGUAUACAUUCAAAUCAUUUAUCAUUUUUUGAAAUACCCCUCGCAAAGUACUGGAUUUUCAAUCGAUCUAUUUUGAGAAACGCAUAAGUUCUUAUCUAAGAGACCUGAUGUUCAUUUUUCAAAUUUCGAAAGAGGAGGUAUCUGGGGUGCCAACUCAGUAAUCUUGAGAAUAGUAAUAAUAAUAAUAAUCUAAUCUAAACUACUAUCUGGUACAAAAAGUAUGCAGGCGAUUAUAUAUAAUAAUAAACAACGUAUCGUCAGCUAUAACUGUCAUCUCAAUGUGACUCUAGUCGAUUGUGUUCAAUACUAGGCAUCAUCAUCCGAUCAAUAAAAAACGGACAUUUUUCUGUCAAGUCUAAAUAUAAGUUAGUCGAUUUCAAAAUAAAUUCUUAUUAAAAUUAUAAACUUUUAUUUCUAUAUAUUAUCAUUAAAGCAUAAAUAAAUAAAUAAUGUGUCGUAUAGUAAGUAUUGUAGUUGCCAUCCUCGCAUGUUAUAAGUUGGUUAUCUCAGUCAAAUUCAGAUAUACGUUUAAUUCGCCUUUCAUAAUCAGCAACAAAAACUUAUGAAUAAAAUGGUUUAUCUCUCAAACACAUCUGAUGAAACAAAAUAUUUUUCUAUGUUCUAAGAUGGUGAUAGAAACGAAAAUCUUGCAGGCAACAUGAAAGUCAAAAUUUUAAAAGACAAUAUAUAUGCUUUUUUCUUGAACAUACAGCAGUACGCAAAAUGGAUUUAGUGGUAGCCUGUUUUUUUCUAAGAAAACUAGGAAAAAGAUGUUCAGGAAACGUUUAUGUACUACUCAUUCUACAGAAUUCGGUUUUGUUUCAUUUAGGAUAUUCCAUCUAUUCAUGAAAUAAAAUAUCGAUUACAUCUUGGUGUUAUAAUUGCAGUUUUUGUGAUUAUACCAGUUUCCAUACCAUUCAUUUUAUUUUGGGCUCAUUUCAUUGCUCUUGAAUCUGAAUGGAAACGAGAAGGAUUGAGAAUAUUAAACUAUCUCUGCAUUCUGUUCCUAACUGGCUAUAAUAUUUGGGGUAAUUAUUAUGUGACGGUGUGUCUAAAUGUUUCUCUCAAAACGCUAUAUGAUACUUUUUACCUCACGGUAAAACCUCGCGAACGAAGGGCGCUUGAAUGAAGAAAGUGGAAGUAAAUCGUUAGAUAGAUUCUAAAAGUUUAAAAUGCUAUUCUGAAAAGACAGAAAAUUAAUUAGAGUUCCAUUCUACUAUAGUCAGAGAAUGCUAUAAUGUAUACAUUAUACAUUAUGCAUUAUACUUGAUAGGAAUCCCGUAUCUAUUCAAUUGAGAAAUGAAGACUUACUAAUCAAUAUCACUUGAUUGUAAAUUCCACGCUAAUGCUAAGUUCCCAAUUACUUUUCGUCAAAACCACAUAAUGAAGAAGCAAAACAAAUCGGGCAAAGACGAGCAACUAGCGGUUAGGUUCUAAAACUCGUCUACUAUAAAAGUACGAAGAUGAUCGUGCUCACUUUGGAUAAAAUUGUUUUUAAUCAGUUUAUAGAAUAUAGUUUAGUUUUAUCUGUGAGUAAAAUAUUGAAAAUUAAAUUCUUAACUGUGGUUUAAAUGUAAAAUAACAGUAAAAAGUAACAUCAAGGGAUGAUUUCCAGACAAACAUGCAUUCCCGGUUGUUUUUCUGUUAGUUAGAGGCAUUUGAUGGUAGAGGUGUUAUAAAUCGAAACUAGCCAGUCUGAAUCGUCUGCGGAGAAACAUAUGCCUGUGGUAUAAUAAGCUUUAAUUAAAAAUUAUUUUAGGUCGUAAGACAAACUGGAAAAUUACAAAAUAUGGUCAAUUAGUCUCAGAUAUUUGUAACUGGGAUAAUUUGGGAACAUUUGCGUCCACAUUUUUAUUGACCACGAGCACAAUUGUAUCAUCAACAAUUAUUGUUGCCAAUGCACAGGAACCCCAUAGAACCCGAGCAGCUUUAAGUUCAGCCGUCAUUGAAUGGCUCCGGUUUGCCGUCAUGAGUAUCUACAGUGGUGGUAUAGUCCUACGUUGA